CAGGGAGAUGGGGUGGGAUAUAAAUAAAGUUUUGUUGUUGUUGCAUUUCAAGAAGAAGACUAAACAGGCAUUAUAUUCAUUGGACUGGGCUGUACUGAAAUUUCAAAAAUGAUAAAACAUUUUUUAUGUUUUAUGUUUUAAAACAUCCUCCAAAUAACCUAAAUGUAUGCUGCAGAUUAUACAGGAGACAAUCCUAUAAAUCAGUGGUGCUCACAGUGUACUCCAGGAAGCCCUUGGGGCUCUGUGAAGCAUGCUAAGGGGCUCCGUGGUUCCCUCCUCUCCCUUCCUCCCCCUCCAAGCCAGAGGUGUUUAAGAGUUUAAGAGAGAGAAUCCACACCAUCCGCAAAGAACUCGCAAACACAGACAAAGAACUGCUGCACCUCCAUAUCAACAUCAGCCAAAAGAUGAAUACCCAGGACUGGGAUAAAAUAGAUAGCCUCACCUACAAAAAAAUGGAGAAAGACAUGGUUCUCCACACCAAGAGACAAAAACAAAAAUUCGACAAAUGCCGUAAGCAACAGUCAAAACCAGAACUGGAUAAAUCACGGACCAUCAUCAACCUGACUGACAGACAACUCACUGAAGACCAAGUAUCCAUUCUGGAAAAAGGAGGAAAUUUUGCGGUCACCACCAUCAGGAUCCCAGUGGAAAACAUCAUUGCUAAUGUUGAAUCAGCAAUUUACCAGCUCCCUGAGGAAGAAGCAGAGGAGGUAAGAAUGGAAACAGCAAGGAUCCUGAGAAAUGCAAAACUCUCCCCCCCCCCCCCCCAGCAACAUAACAAGAAAAGAAAGACGGGCCAUCAAAGAUCUCAACUCAGAUCCAGAAAUCAUCAUUCUUCCAGCUGACAAGGGGAAUGCCACAGUAAUCAUGGAAACAGAACAAUACAAAGAAAAAAUCAGACAACUUCUAGAUCCCACAAUUUACAAGAAACUGAAACAAGACCCUACUAACAAAAUCACCAGAAAAACGAACACUCUAAUCAAGAACUCCUCCAUUAACUUUGACAUACGCCAACAGCUGUGCAAAUCAGAAGCCCUCCCACCCAGGCUUUACGGACUCCCCAAAAUCCACAAGGACUCCAUCCCACUCAGACCCAUUGUAAGUGCCAUUGGAUCGCCGACCUACAACCUGGCAAAAUUUCUGGCUACACAGCUACAAACCCAUAUUGGGCUCACUGCACAUUAUAUCAAGGACUCUACACACUUUAUAGAAAAGAUCAGCAACCUCAAUCUAAGCACCAAGGACAUCCUGAUCAGCUUUGAUGUGGUGUCCCUUUUUACCAAAGUCCCAGUAGCUGACACCACACUAAUCAAACAAAACUUCCCAGAAGACAUCACAGCCCUGUUUCACCAUUGCCUCACCACUAGCUACUUUCAGUGGGACACUGGAUUCUAUGAACAGAAGGAUGGAGUGGCCAUGGGGAGCCCUCUCAGUCCAGUAGUAGCAAAUUUCUAUAUGGAAUACUUUGAAAAACAGGCCCUAGAAACAGCACCAAAAAAGCCAACUGUUUGGUUCAGAUACGUUGAUGACACCUUCACAAUUUGGAGCCAUGGAGAGGAAGAACUCAGCAAGUUCCUGGACCAUCUUAACAGCAUCCACCCAAACAUCCAAUUCACCAUGGAAAAAGAAAAGGAAGGAAAACUGCCAUUUCUAGAUGUUCUGGUCAUCUGCAAACCCAAUCAACAAUUGGGCCACACAGUUUAUAGAAAACCUACACACACAGAUAGAUACCUUCAUAAAAACUCCAACCAUCACCCAAGUCAAAAAAGGAGCACAAUCAAAGCCCUGACAGACCGUGCACAAAGAAUCUGCGAACCUCACCUCCUCCAAGGUGAACUAAACCACCUAAACUGGGCUCUACAGGCCAAUGGAUACUCCACCACAGACAUCAGAAGAGCUGCAAGGCCAAGAACAAGCCAUGAGAGUCAAGACAAAGAUCCACCCAGAGGAAAGGUGUUCUUACCAUACAUCAAGGAAACCACUGACCGCAUAGGCAAACUGAUGAAUAAGCACAACCUACAAACUAUCUACAGACCCACAAAGAAAAUCCAACAAAUGCUACGGUCAGCAAAGGACAAGAGGGAUCCUCUCUCCUCUGCAGGAGUCUACCGGAUACCAUGCAGCUGUGGACAAGUAUACAUAGGGACCACCAAACGCAGCACCCAAACAAGAAUCAAAGAACAUGAAAGGCACUGCAGACUAAUUCAACCAGAGAAAUCAGCCAUAGCAGAACAUUUGAUGAACCCGCCUGGACACAGAAUAUUAUUUGAGAACACAAAAAUGCUGGACCAUUCCAACAACUAUCAUGUCAGACUACACAGAGAAGCCAAUGAAAUCCACAAGCAUGUGGACAAUUUCAACAGAAAGGAAGAAACCAUGAAAAUGAACAAAAUCUGGCUACCAGUAUUACAAAACUCCAAAAUCAAAACAGUAGAUGGGAACCAAAACUCUGAGGGCUUGAUUGACAAAGGAUGCCCCCAGGCAAGAGACAAAAACAUCUCCAAUGCUAAUUAGGGUGAUUAACUGAAACAUUAAUGCUGGCUCCCAGUGACAAAGGACUCUUGCCACACCCCGGACUCUACACAGAUAUAUAUAUAUAUUCUUUCCUUCCCUUACUUAGUUUAUCCAUACCUCACAACCUCUGAGGAUGCCUGCCAUAGAUGUGGGCGAAACGUCAGGAGAGAAUGCUUCUGGAACAUGGCCACAGAGCCCGAAAGACAUACAACAACCCAACUCCUCAUAUGUAUGCUUGCCCACAAUGCCCUGCCUCAUGCACGGAGGAGGAGUUGUUCAAAGCUACAGACAAUGCGAUUGCUGUUACCCACUUGUGGUCUAAAACUAUUUAGCUGUUUGUGAUUCUUUUAUCUUAUCGCUUUUAAACUUAUUUAUUAUGCAAUGCUUUUGACACGAAAUAAAUAAAAACAGUGACUUAGUGUGGUUUAUGUCAGAUGCCAUAUCAAGACUUUUUUGCUGAAGAAAAAUUGAUAGGGGAAAAGUAAGGCUGAAGAGUUGUUCACAAACAAGCAGGCUAACAAUGAAAUCACUUUUUUCAAUUGCAGUCAAAAAGUUUGAAGCUGAAGAAUAAAUUUUCCAUGGUUUCUCUAAGAUUUCUUCUAAGGCAACUACAAUCGGCUUAAAUAGUUCAACGAAUGUCAAUACACUGUCAUACCUCCCAAUGAAACAAAUCUCACAUAAAUGUGUCAGUCUUUUUUUCUUUGUUUCUGGCACAUGAACACUAAUAAUAAUCUGCAAAAUAUUGUUAGCACUUGAACUGUUUCUGAAGAAAUUUGUUAUUUCUUUUAUUGUUUCAAGACCAUUUCUGAUAGAAGAGUUUGAAAAUGUAUCACUCAAUGACUUGCACAAUGAAAAUAUCUUGCUUUGGGGUAUGUUUCUCGAAUUCUUGUUUGAACUCCGGUUAGAUGGCCAGCCAUGGUGGCAACUCCAUUGUAGCCCUACCCUACACACUUGUUCAUGUCCAAUUUCAACAUGUUGCAUUUUUCUAGGAUAACUUUAGUGACAUUUUCUGCCAAUUGGUUGUAUAUGGGUAUAAAUCCUACAAAAUUUUCUCGGAUGACUGGUAAGUUUUCCUUGUCUCCGUGUGUCUAUUUGAGAGCAAAUAUCUUUUUGUUUUCCUGGCAUUAUCUUAGUGAAAUUGUCUGCAAACUCAAGACAGUAAAUAAAAAUUCAGAAAUUUCAGACAUAAAGCAAUCAAGGCCUGCUAACAACUCCUAACAAAAUGAUUCCCCCAGGCAUAAAGCUGUCAGGCUUUGAUCUGCAAGGCAUUGCAAUGCUACUCAAGGUGGCUAAUUACAACAUUCACACCUAGCUCACACAGACAAGAGUUCUUUCUCCCUCCCUGGACAUUCCACAGAUAUAUAAACCACAGACCUCAAAUCUCUGAGGAUGCCUGCCACAGAUGUGGGCCAAACAUCAGGAAAGAUUGCUUCUGGAACAUGGCCAUACAGCCCAGAAAACUCACAGCAACCCAGUGAUUC